AUGUCUAGCGCCAACAGCAUUAAGGUUGUCGCCCGGUUUCGGCCGCAGAACAAGAUCGAGUUGGCAUCGGGCGGUCAACCGAUUGUUUCCUUCAACUCCGAGGACACCUGUGCUCUUGACUCCAAGGAAGCACAGGGCGCCUUUACCUUCGAUCGCGUGUUUGAUAUGGAAUGUAAGCAGUCCGACAUCUUCGACUUCUCCAUCCGAUCCACCGUCGAUGAUAUUCUCAACGGAUACAAUGGCACCGUUUUCGCCUACGGCCAGACAGGCGCUGGCAAGUCCUACACCAUGAUGGGUUCCAGUAUCGACGAUGAGGAGGGCCGCGGAGUCAUUCCUCGCAUUGUCGAGCAGAUCUUCGCCAGCAUCAUGUCCAGCCCCAGUACAAUCGAAUACACUGUGCGAGUCAGCUACAUGGAGAUCUACAUGGAGAAGAUUCGUGAUCUGUUAGCGCCGCAAAACGACAACCUGCCGGUACACGAGGAAAAGAGUCGCGGAGUUUAUGUCAAGGGUCUGCUCGAGAUUUACGUUUCCAGCGUGCAGGAGGUCUACGAAGUCAUGAGGCGGGGUGGUAACGCCCGCGCCGUGGCGGCCACCAACAUGAAUCAGGAGUCUUCGCGAUCCCAUUCGAUCUUUGUCAUCACCAUUACCCAGAAGAACGUCGAAACAGGCUCGGCAAAGAGCGGCCAACUCUUCCUUGUCGAUCUUGCCGGCAGCGAAAAGGUCGGCAAGACGGGCGCCAGCGGCCAGACAUUGGAGGAGGCCAAAAAGAUCAACAAAUCUUUGAGCGCCCUCGGCAUGGUCAUCAACUCCUUAACGGAUGGCCGAUCCUCUCACAUUCCGUAUCGCGACUCGAAACUAACACGCAUCCUGCAAGAAUCUCUCGGAGGCAACAGUCGCACGACGCUUAUCAUCAACUGCUCGCCUAGCAGUUACAACGAUGCCGAAACCAUCAGCACCUUGAGAUUCGGAACGAGGGCCAAGGCGAUCAAGAACAAGGCAAAGGUCAACGCCGAGCUCAGCCCCGCAGAGCUUAAAUCUCUGCUCGGAAAAGCCAAGGGACAGAUCACAAACUUUGAGGGCUAUAUUUCCAGCCUGGAAGGCGAGAUUCAAAUGUGGCGGUCUGGAGAGUCUGUCCCCAAAGACAAGUGGGUAGCCCCACUCACUGACGGCCACUCUGCCCCCAAAGCAGAAACCAGAGCACCUCGACCUUCGACGCCUUCGAGACUCGUGCCGGAAAGUAGGGCAGAAACGCCUGCCAUUUCGGAGCGCGCAGGGACGCCCAGCCUGCCGCUCGACAAGGACGAGCGGGAUGAGUUCCUGCGUCGUGAGAAUGAGCUGCAAGAUCAGCUUGCUGAGAAGGAAAGCCAGUAUGCCGCGGCUGAGAAGUCUCUCGGCGAGAUCAAAGAGGAACUUGUUUUCCUUAAGGAACAUGAUAGUAGAACCGGCAAGGAGAACGAGAAACUCACAGCAGAAGUCAACGAGGUCAAGAUGCAAAUGGAGCGCUUGAGCUUUGAAGGGAAGGAGGCACAAAUCACGAUGGACGCUCUGAAGGAACAAAACUCGGAGCUGACGGCCGAGCUGGACGAGGUCAAGCAGCAUCUCCUUGAUGUCAAGAUGAACGCCAAGGAGAGCGGAGCACUUCUCGACGAGAAGGAGAAGAAGAAGGCUGAGAAAAUGGCCAAGAUGAUGGCUGGCUUUGAUCUCGGCGCAGAUGUCUUCAGCGACAACGAAAAGGCCAUCGCGGAUGCCAUCAGUCAUCUAGAGACCCUGCGUGAACAAAGCUCUGGGGGCGACGCUGUCGCGCCCGAAGAAUUCCAUACCCUCAAGUCCAGAUUUGAGGAGAUCCAGAGCAUCGUCCGCCAGGCUGAGCUCUCAAUCUAUCGCUCAUCCUCGAGCGAGGCGGAGACUCGCCGCCGUUUGGAGCUCGAAGACCGGCUUGCAGCCGUGCAGGAGGAGUAUGAGUCGCUUUUGACUCGCAAUCUGAGCGAGGCCGAUGUUGAGGAGGUCAAGGCCCGUCUGGAGAACGCUUAUUCUAACAAGCAAACUGCAUCUUUGCAGGCUGUGGACGAGCUCAAGGCCGACAUUACCCACAAGGCCGCCGAAAAUGGCAGGCUUCAGACUCUGAUCGAGGAUCUGCAGCAGCGGGUCAAGGCCGGCACCGGCGCGCCCAUGGCCAACGGCAAGACAAUCCAACAGCAGAUUGCUGAAUUCGACAUCAUGAAGAAGAGCCUCAUGCGCGACCUGCAGAACCGCUGCGAGCGCGUUGUCGAGCUUGAAAUUUCGCUCGACGAGACGAGGGAACAGUAUAACAACGUCCUUCGGUCAUCGAACAACCGGGCUCAGCAGAAGAAGAUGGCCUUCCUGGAACGCAACCUCGAGCAGCUGACACAGGUUCAGCGACAACUCGUCGAGCAAAACUCGGCCCUCAAGAAGGAGGUAGCUAUUGCUGAACGAAAGCUCAUUGCUCGCAACGAGCGCAUCCAGAGCCUCGAGAGCCUGUUGCAGGACAGUCAAGAGAAGUUGGCCUCUGCGAAUCACAAAUUCGAAGUCCAACUCGCCGCAGUCAAAGAACGCCUCGAGGCAGCCAAGGCCGGCAGCACGCGCGGCCUGAACUCGCCGUCGCUCGGCGGUUUCAGCUUUUCCGGCGCCGGCAGCCGCAUCGCCAAGCCCCUCCGCGGCGGCGGCGGCGGCGAGCCCACAGGGCCCAGCAUCCCCGUCAUCAAUAACAUUCAGCAGAACGAGGGCGGCAACAAGCGGAGCAGCUGGUUUUUCUCUCAGAAGUGA